CCCAGGGGGGACAGUCAUAGAUCAGUUUCAAAUAGUCUGUCGCUUCCAUCACCAAAGGCAAACGAACCUGCACGGGGACACAGCCGUGGCAGCACCAGAUAUCUGCCUGACCCCAGGGGUGCCUCAGCAGCAAUCCUCAAAGCUGAUUCUUCUAAGAAAGAAAUGAAGGUACUGGGGCAGAUUGCUUUCUUGCUGUUGCUCGGGGGAAUCUGGUGUCAGAACAACCGCAAUGCCAAAGCCGGUGCCAGGACCACCAAGAAAUCUGGUGGGAACCAAGGACGUGAUGUUGGCCAGUCUCUCCCUGUGACUGAUGUUACUCCUGGAAGCACUGGAAGCACCAGAGGCGCUGGAGGCUCAGCUGAAUCGGGACAGGACUCUGCUGCAGGAGCUCGAGCAGCUGGACAACAGACAGAUGACAUGAGGCUCCACUUCCUCAAGAACACCCAAGUUACGUGUAAUGAUGGAACACCAGCAGGGUUUUACCUAAAGGAGUUCAGAGGAAGCCGCCGAUGGUUGUUAUUUCUGGAGGGUGGCUUUUGCUGCUACAGCAAGGAGACCUGCGAUUCCAGGUACCAAAAUAUCCCCCGACUAAUGAGCUCAUCGGUGUGGCCCCAAACUAAAAGAGGAAGUGGAAUAUUGUCUUCUCAAGCGGAGGAAAACCCACACUGGCAUAAUGCAAACAUUGUGUUCAUCCCAUAUUGUUCCAGCGAUGUAUGGAGUGGCAUUGGACCUGCCCCAACCCCUCCUCCAAAGCCACGACAAGGCAGAGAGAAAGAAAGAGAUCGAAAUACAAAUGCUACCGAGUAUACCUUCAUGGGGUCCCUGAUAAUCCGUGAGGUCAUCAAAGAUCUCAUCCCUAAAGGAAUCAAGCAGGCCAAGGUUGUCAUGCUGUCUGGCACAAGUGCUGGUGGAAUAGGUGUUUUGUUAAACAUUGAGAGGGUGGCCAGCCAGCUGGAGCAGCUUGGUGCUGAGGCUCAGGUUCGAGGUCUGGUGGACUCUGGUUGGUUUCUGGAGAGCAAGCUGCAGGGGCCAGUGAACUGCCCAGAGACAGUUUCCUGCUCACUUGAACAUCCAAUCAAGAUAGGACUCAGGCUGUGGAAUGGGGUUGUCCCUGAUAGAUGUCGCCAGCUCUAUAAGAGAGGGGAGGAAUGGCAGUGCUUCUUUGGUCACAAACUAUACUCUACACUGACCUCGCCCCUGUUCGUUGUGCAGUGGCUGUAUGACGAGGAGCAGCUGAGAGGGGAGAACAUCUACAUGGGAGGACAGAGUAUGUCGGAGGAACAGUGGCAGUACCUCCAGAACCUGGGCUUGGAGUUCAAAAACUCACUGAGAGAUGUCACGGGUGUCUUUGCUGCAUCCUGCAUCUCCCACACUGCAAUUACCAAAAGUAAUUGGAUAACUUUCCAAGUUAGAGGCACCUCCCUAUCACGAGCCCUGCAAUGCUGGGACAGGAGUCUGGAGGCAACGCGCAACAACCGGACUCCUGCCAAAGGUUGUCCUUUCCACCUGGUGGACACCUGCCUGUCGCCCCAGUGCAACCCCACCUGCCCACCCUUGGUGGAUCAGGCCACACAGCAGGAGCUUACCCUGCUCCAGAUGCUGGUAGCCAUGGGCCUUGACCUCCAGAAGCUGGGCCUCGAUCCCCAGGGAGGCGCAGAUUCUCUGGCCAGCAUGGUUAGCAAUGGUGGCUAAGUGUGAAACUGGAGGGAAUCUUAUAGGAUAGCCAAACAAAGGCUUAGUAGAUGAAAACAAUUUGUUGAAUAUUUCAUGUAACCAUAGAAAUCCUGCAAAAAUCUGGUUACUGUGUCUCGUGCUGCUCAGCAUUCCAUUAUGCUCAACGUAUCUGUUAAAUUUAUGGCUGGUGUUUGUGUUGCUGCGUCUAGGUUUGAGUGGUUUAGCGGGUCCUCUACUGGACAUCAGAGGCAAGAGCUUUAGGUCUAAACCAAAGUAAUUUGAACUGUACCGGUCAAAGAGCUUUGAGUUUUAGCAGAUGGCUGCACAUAACCUCUUACAACACAUUUCCAUCCUCUAUAGGAACAUUUAACAUCAGAGCACUGUAGUAGAGUUUUAAAGAACAGAGGCUCCACAAACUAUUUAAAGCACAAACAUUUUGCUUAGCCGAGAAAAAUACACAUUUGCACAUCAUAGUUUUUUUUGCAUUUAAAUUGGCUUUGAAUUUAAUUUUAUUUAUGUUCUAUCAAACAGCCAUCCUAUAUUAUUUAUGGGCUAUAUUUUAAAUGUGCCAAAUUUUCGAUAUAUUGAUUCACAAAAAAGUCAGUUGUUUGGCUGAUUGGAGGAAAAAACUAAACAAUUCCACUCAAAAUGACUCAGUUUUUUACCCGAUGCCAUGCUAUAUGUACACACACACACACACACACACACACACACACACACACACACACACACAUAUAUAUAUAUAGUUAUUGAUAUAUUUCUUACUACAAUAAUAAUAAUUUGCUCUCAUUUGUAGUCAGUAACCUAUGACAAAAAAAAUCCAGAGUACAUAUUUGAAAUGUUGAAAUGUGAAGUCUUCAAAAUAAAGAGAAGAACAUUGUGGUUAUUCACUGCUCAGUUGAGAUAAUCUAUUGACAAAACACAAAUUAUUUGUUUUGCAGCCCUUCCAUGUUGUCAAACACAUGCUCUUUCAUAAUGCAUGCUAAUUUUGCAAGGCGGAUACAGAUGUUACUGUAUGUUUUAUUUUCAUUUAGGUACUGUGAUAACUGAGCUCUUGCACAUGCUAAAACAGGAGAAUAAAAAUAUGAAUUAGCUCUGA